AGUUUCAGCACUGCUCCUAUUACACUCUUACAUCACCUUGAUUGAACCGCUGCUCUCACCUGAACCACAAACACAGAGGGUCAACUGAUGGAAAGACAGCCAAGUCACUUAGAGAGGGAUGAACUUUGAAAAUGACCACAGAUUUAAGGGAAAACUAACUAAAAGGGGAAACUGCAAAUACUUUUUCUUACCAAGGACUUCAGGACGAGCAAGCAGAACAAAGCAGACCAGGAAGCUCUAGUGGACUAUUGUGAGAUUCUGUGAAAGCCUACACACAGUCUGGAGAUGAGAAUGAUACUCUAAGUGUAUCUUUACCACUCAUCCAUCGCAAUGGCAAGCUCCGUUUAUCUCUGUCUGCCGAGGGCAGUUUUCCUGCUGUUUUUAGUUAUCCAAGGACUAAGUGGAGAUGGAAACUUGGUCCAGAAUCCUCGUCAUCGAGUGGAAGGGAAUCUCACCGGACUCCCAAUUGUCACGUUUGAAUGGCAUCAUGUACAGACUCCAUACCUGGUGAUAAUUUGGGUUUUUGUAGCUGGAUUGGCCAAACUGUCAGUGAUUGAACUAAACCAUCAUGUCACCAGUGUGAUCCCAGAGAGCGCUCUCCUCAUCAUCCUGGGCUUUCUUUUGGGAGGAAUUGUCUGGGGAGCAGACAAAGCACAGACUUUCAGACUGCGUCCUCCCACUUUCUUCUACUACUUGUUACCCCAGAUCAUCUUGGAUGCAAGUUACUUUAUGCCCAACAAGCUAUUUUUUAGCAACCUGGGUGCCAUUCUCAUUUACGCCAUCUUUGGAACUUGCUGGAACGCAGCUACAGUGGGCCUCUCGCUCUGGGGCUGUUACGAGGCUGGAGUAAUGGGCCCUUUGGACAUCGGUCUCCUGCAGUUUCUACUGUUUGGUAGUUUAAUCGCUGCAGUGGAUCCAGUGGCCGUGAUUGCCGUGUUUGAAGAAGUGCAUGUGAACGAGGUGCUCUUUAUCCUGGUGUUUGGAGAGUCAUUGCUCAAUGAUGGCGUCACAGUGGUGCUUUACAAUGUAUUUGAUGCUUUUGUUACUCUCGGAGGCCCAAGCAUUGACGCUGCAGAGAUUUCUAAGGGCAUAUUUUCAUUUGUUGUGGUGGCAUUUGGAGGCUCGUUUCUUGGCGUUGUGUUUGCCAUCCUGCUGUCCCUGCUGACCAGGUGCACCAAACACAUUCAGAUCAUUGAAGCCGGAUUCAUCUUUGUGGUGGGCUACCUGGCUUACCUGACAGCAGAUAUGCUCUCACUCUCUGCAAUACUUUCAGUCACCUUCUGCGGUAUAUGCUGUCAGAAAUAUGUCAACGCCAACAUGGAUGAGAAAUCGGUCACUACGGUUCGUCAUGCCAUGAAGGUUCUUGCGAAUGGUUCGGAAACCAUGAUCUUUGUAUUCUUGGGUGUUACAGCGAUUGAUACAGAGAUCUGGGUUUGGAACACAGGAUUCAUCCUCCUCACCCUCCUCUUCGUGUUUAUAUACAGGAUCAUAGGUGUUUUCUUGCUCACCUGGAUGUUGAACAAGUUCAGAUUGGUUCCCAUCGAGGUCAUUGACCAGGUUGUAAUGAGCUACGGUGGCCUGCGGGGGGCAGUGGCGUAUGGACUAGCGGCCAUGUUAGACAAAGAGAAGAUCCCAGAGAAGAAUCUCAUUAUUAGUACCACACUCAUUGUGGUGUAUUUCACUGUCAUUCUUCAGGGAAUAACAAUGAAGCCUUUGGUUCAGUGGCUCAAGGUCAAAAGAGCAGCUCAUUCAGACUUGAAACUCAUUGAGAAACUAAACAAUAGGGCAUUUGACCAUAUUCUAGCAGCAGUGGAGGACAUUUGCGGACGUAUAGGAGAUAAUUGGUGGACCAGAGGUUGGAACAGGUUUGAGGAAAAUUAUAUCAGCUGGUUUUUGAUGAAACCUAAGGCCAGAAAGAACAGAGACUACCUAUUUAGUAUCUUCCACAAACUCAAUCUGGUGGACGCUGUUAACUACGUCAGUGAGGGUGAACAACAAGGAACUCUGGCCUUCAUUCGUGGUGAUGAAGCGGCCAACGUAGACUUCAAGAAACAAUUUGAUUCAGAAUUUGGCGAUGUGAUGCCUGAUAUAAUGGUCGAUAUGUCAAAUUACGAAAAUUUUUCAAUAACCUCCAUUGUAAAAGACACUAUUCCCUCUGUAUCCCUGGACAUCCAUGGGCAAGACAGGAAGAAUGGAUUGGAUGACUUCAAUGCCCAUCAUCUUCUACAGCAGCACCUGUACAGAAGCAGAAAGCAUCACCAUCAUAAAUAUAGUCGCAGUCAAUUUGGCAUCAACCAGAGUGAGGACGAGGUGCAGGAGAUCUUUCAGAGGACCAUGAGGAGCCGCCUCGAGUCCUUCAAAUCGGCUAAGAUGGGUAUCAACCCUGCCAAAAAGAUCACAAAACACCAUAAGAAGGAGCUUACACACAAGAUAGCUAAUGGACACCCAGACGGUACAGGCCAUCUAUAUGGAGAUGAAGUUGACAGUGCUGUGGGGAGUGAGACUGGUGCUGUCAGUAGUACUUUCAUGAGAGACAUGUAUACAAUGGGAGCUGGAAUAGAGAAUCCAGUGUUCUUGUCAGAUAUGGACAGUCACUCUCAAAGCAGCUUACCCUGGCUAAUGGAGACUGAGGCUGUCGCACCUUCUCAGAGGGCCCAGCGGCACCUGCCCUGGACACCCAACAGACUCCGGCGUCUGGCACCCAUGAGGAUCAGCACCUGCUCCACAGACUCCUUCCUGAUGGCUGAUGUUUCUUUAACUCUGGAAGAACACGAGGAGCAGCCUCAAACAGACCAUGAAGAAAUAAGACCGGUCUUUGACUAGAUACUUCAGUACAAUUAUGAGGCAUGUCACAAUGCAUGCGUCUACAGAUUUCAAACCUCCCCACCAUAAAAAGAAUAGCUGCUGAAAAUCCCACUGAAACUAAACAGCAUGGACCAAAAUAUUUAUGUACUACUGAGUGCGUGAUGUACCUUGCCUUUUCAAAUUUUAUGUGAUUUUUAAAGUGUAAACUCCUUGUGAAAUGGUAUGUCAAAAAGAGUUUCCUACAUUUGCUAAAACAUUUCCCAUCGCUAAAGGAAGCUUGGACUUUAAAGUAGCCAAUACCUUCAGUUUACAUCACAGUCAUGAUGAAAGUUAUUUAACAUGUGCUAUCUAUAAUCGGUUUUAACUGCUGAACGUUUUUUUUUUUUUUUUGUCGACUUUUAGGACUAGACUAUAGAUGGUCUCAAAGAUUACAGACACUAACUGUAAGCUUCCAAUUAUGAUCUUUUAAAACAUUAUGUUAUGGGAAAACGGUUGAGAAUGUGUUUUGUGCAAUAAUUCUUAUGUAAUAUUGCGGAAGCUUGUUUCUGCGACAGAAUGCUAAAAUAAAGUAAUUGUGACUACUAGCUAAUUUCUCUUCAGGAUGUCCAGAUAUAAACAAAAGAAUCUACCUUCUUUUCUCAGCAUUAAAGAGUUUAUAUCUCAGAGUUAUAACACUGUGAAGGUGAAGAGUCAAUUAAUUUUUUUCAUUUUAUUCGUAGAAACAGCUUCCUUACACUAUAGAGAGAGAAAAGCCAAGUAGUCUUUUACUUGUAGUUUCAUUUUGUAACGGCACUUUACUACUGUAACGUCACCUCUAUAAGGAUGAUCGUUCCCUGCAUCGCAAGGUGCAAAUACAUGAAUAAGGAAGAUAUUAAACAUUUUAUAUGAAGUGAGUUUUUAGUCUGCAUGUGAGUGAACUGAGGUGGUAACUGUUACAAACUGUGUUUAUGUAUGGAAAAGGUCACAUUUUCAAUAGACUGUAUAUUGUCAUUUAAAUAAUAUAUUUCUCCCCGCAUUGUUCUUUCCUUUGUAGGAUUAAUAAAGUAUUUAUCAACAUUUC